AUGUGGAAGCCUAAAAACUACAGAUCGAUCCGGCGAAAUCCGCCACCACCACGCAGACCUGCUCCACCCGGCAGCCUUCCUCCACAAAAGCCACCAAGGCCCCGAAAACCUGCUCUUCCUCCUCCACCUCCUCCUCCUCCCUCCGUAGCAAAAUCGCAGUCUUCUUCAGUCUCCUCGACAACCUUCUCCGGCAUCACAGUCGAUAUUUACCCGAAGAAAGCUGUCCUGCCUCGGAUUGGAUCCGCUUCGACCCCGACCCGUCGUCAAGAGAGGGCCGAGACGAGAGACGAGACGAUACGAGAAGCGAAGAGAAGAGAAGCGCAGCGAACGAGGCCAGAGGACAAAGAGGGAGGAGCGUCGUCUGUGUCUCUGUCCGUCUCUCCGUCUGACAACGGAAGGAGAAGCAAUUGUCGAGGGAAGGGACGGAGGAUUGCGGCCGAGGGAUCAGGACGGACGGGCCAGAACGGGACGGGAAGGGAAGGAUUGUUGCGGAGCAAGGAAAGAACUUAUACUGGACCCUCUCCUAACACUCGCCCCCGCGCCCCCGCCGCUAUUUAUGCGAUCGCCUCUGGUCCACCUCCCGCUUCCGGUUACCGGCAACUCUCCUGGUCCGUCAGCCGUCAAGAUUCCGUAUCGACGGACACUCGACAGUUUGACCGCAAUCUUGACUCUUUUCUACGCCACGUGUUCGCCCAUUUCCGCCCUCGUCCUCUAGAGAAUUUGAAAACUUUUGAGAAUUUUCUCCCUGCGCGUAAAUCCGGCCACCGUGAAAAGCAAGCUCGCUCGCCUGUGCCGGAAGUGGAGUGGGGUCGGGGGAGCCAAGUGUCGGCCUCGAAUGCUGUUAGUCCAUUGGAACGGGCCGUUCCUCUGGCCGCUGGCGCACGCAUGCAAAUUCGAAUUUGUGCAUCGUUUCGUAACGGGGUUGUGAGCCAGGCGCGCCUGGACACCUCCUCGGCCCGGACUUUGUUUUAUGUCUUUAUUGAAUCAGGCGCUGGAGCUGCGGAACGUAUGCGUGCUACGGCAAUUUUCUGGCAAAAGGUGCUUUCCAUGAAGCUCAAAAGGUCGCCAUGCCUGGAGGCAGAAUUCCACCUGCUCGAGUGGGGUGGGCCGAUGGAUGGCCUCGACUGCAGUUGCAGUGCACACUUUACAGCAAUAAAUUCUAUCCUCUACGACACCUGGGAUAUGGCAGGAUUUUAUGUAUGA